AUGGACUACAGCAUGCUGCAUGACGCUAUUCUGGCCCUGGAGGAUUCAACCUGGCGAGUACUAACAAACUCGGGAGCCGCACUAUUGCCAUUCCUCAGUCAUGAUUGUAUCAUGCUUUUCCCUUUGGGAAUGAAAGUGUCCGCCAAAACGACGCCCAGUCUUGAAGAUGUGAUGAGGAGCGAUGCGUUUGUGCCGUGGAAGCAAUACAAGAUGAGUGAUGUGGAGGUUACGCCAUUGGGACCAGAAGCAGCUCAGAUCACUUAUCGAGUCAAGGCGACGAGGCGGCAUAUUACAGCGGACGACGAUACGAGGCAGGACGAAUUCAAGGCCUUGAUCUCGAGUACUUGGAGAAAGGAUCCAGAGGCAGGAAAGUUUCUUCUUUGUGUUCAACAACAAACGCCGUAUGAGGAAGAUCUGAACUUUUAG